AUGGCACCACUCACCUUAGAGCUGUCGGAGGGGCAUGGCGCCGUGCUGUUGGUGGCAGCGGCAACAGCAAUCGUUCAUAUUUUUUUCGCCGAAGUCGUGAUGUUCGCGAGAAAGAAGUACAACGUCCAAUUCCCGCUUCUGUACGCGCCUGAGUCUCACAAGAACAACAAGGAGUUCAACUGCGUACAGAGGGCGCAUCAGAACUUUCUCGAGAAUAUUUCGUUUUUCUUUGCGUUCCUCCUCACCAGCGGCCUUGCGUACCCCUGGACAUCCACAGUUCUUGGGGUUAUCUUCCUGCUUGGCCGCAUUGUCUAUUUCCUUGGUUACUCCACUGGGAGCCCAGCGGCACGAAAUUAUGGAGCAUUUUGGACGAUUGGACUUCUUGGGCUCAUGAUUGGCACCAUUAUGUUCGGUCUUCGGGUCCUCGGUGUCAUCUCAGCAUGA